CUCCUGUGUCUAACCGUGUGUAGCUUCACGGUGUCGGGCUUGUGUCAGUUUGAAUUCAGUCCUAAGAUUCAGAGAUCCUGGUUUUUCUGUGAUCUCUGAGUCACUUCACAGCAUCAAUGGCUGAUAAUGUACAAAAUGCUGUCAAUAAUGUGUCAAAUGAAGGAGCUAAGCCCAACCGGCACACUGAGGUGGGCGGUGCAGGGGGUCCCGGCCAGAAUGAAGUUGAGCUUAACGGACAGCCACCGACUGCACGACCCCCUCAGGUGGUCACUGACAGCGAGGAAGACGAGGAUGAGGAGCUGACUCUCAAAUAUGGAGCUAAACAUGUUAUUAUGCUGUUUAUUCCUGUCACAUUGUGUAUGGUGGUGGUCGUGGCAACAAUCAAAUCAGUCAGUUUCUACACACAGAAGGAUGGACAACAACUGAUCUACACACCCUUCCGUGAAGACACAGAGACGGUGGGUCAGCGCGCUCUGAACUCCAUGCUCAACGCCACCAUCAUGAUCAGUGUGAUCAUGGUCAUGACACUCGUUUUGGUGAUGCUCUACAAGUACAGAUGCUACAAGGUGAUUCAAGGCUGGCUGUUCUUCUCCAACCUUCUCCUCCUCUUCUUUUUCUCCUUUAUUUAUUUGGGGGAAGUGUUCAAGACGUACAAUGUGGCCAUGGACUACUUGACGUUAGCAUUGAUCAUCUGGAACUUUGGCGUGGUGGGAAUGAUCUGUAUCCACUGGAAGGGUCCACUGCGGCUUCAGCAGGCGUAUCUCAUCAUGAUCAGCGCUCUCAUGGCUCUGGUCUUCAUCAAGUACCUUCCCGAGUGGACUGCCUGGCUCAUUUUGGCUGCUAUAUCUGUCUAUGAUCUGUUGGCGGUGUUGUGCCCAAAAGGACCUCUGCGUAUUCUUGUUGAAACUGCUCAAGAGAGGAACGAACCUAUAUUCCCAGCCCUCAUCUACUCUUCAACCAUGGUGUGGCUGUUUAAUAUGGCUGAUAAUAGUGAGACCACGAAUAAUUCAGCCCAUUCAGUCCCUCAACAGGACAACGAAGUGGCCCUGGCACCCACAGCUCAGCCGGAGGAUGACGGCGGUUUCACGCCAGCAUGGGUGGAUCAUCAGCAGCAUCAGCUGGGUCCGAUGCAGUCCACAGAUGAGAGCAGACGAGAGAUCCAGCAGAUGCCCUCUGAACGGCCACCACCUGUGGAUGAUGAUGAUGAUGAAGAGAGGGGUGUGAAACUGGGUUUGGGAGAUUUCAUCUUUUACAGUAUGCUUGUUGGUAAAGCAUCAGCCACAGCCAGUGGUGACUGGAACACAACGCUAGCCUGCUUUGUCGCCAUUCUCAUCGGAUUGUGUCUAACUCUACUCCUCCUGGCAAUCUUCAAGAAGGCUCUUCCAGCUCUCCCCAUCUCCAUCACCUUCGGCCUGGUCUUCUACUUCGCCACUGAUAACUUGGUUCGUCCGUUCAUGGAUCAGCUGGCUGUCCAUCAGUUCUACAUUUAGCAUGGAGAGGUCACUUCUCAUGCACUCCACUCUAAUGCUCAUUCCCAGAACCCUCUUGAAGGGAAGCACCUUUCCUCUUCCUCUGGACACGUGACUGAACUCGCCAUUCCUGGCAUUGAAUAAUUGCUUCACAAUUGCAGUGCCUCUCCAGUGACUGAACAAAACCUGAUAUUCGCUUUCAUCACAUCUUUGGUCGGUAGGCCGAAUGUUUCUUUGCUCAGAGAUAAAGCAAAGGCUAUCUACAGUCAUCUAACAUGUAUGAAUGCAUUACGGUAAGUGAAUGGUAGUGAUUAUGAAUUAAAAUUUUAAUUAUGAGUUUGUUGAACUCUAUUUUGUGGAAUGGGACCAGAGCUUGCAUUACUCACCAAAUCUUGGAUUCACUUUCUUGACAUUGUUAAUUCCGAUAUAGCAAGCAUUAACCCAAAGCUCUGUGACUGAUAUGGCUUCAUAAACAGAGGUAGGUACUAUUUAAUUUUGGUCUUUUUAGGGUGCCUGUGAGCAUGGUUUGAGUUUUAAGUCCAACCAUGUUUAUUUGGGAAGAUGUCACAUGUUUGAUUGUUUUAGUUUAUGCUAACAUUAAAUAAAGUGCUGUUAGAGCUACUGUUUUGCUCACCAAGUGCGGGAGCAUGAUUUUGGAAUGUACCAUAAACUCCAAGUCCUAAAUAUGUCCAUAAAUGUUCAUCUCUGCACAAAAUGUCAGAAACGGUUUGUUCAUAUUUUUGUUGCCAUUUUACCAGCAAACGGUUGAUAAAUGAAUUUUAGCUUACUUUUUUUGUAGUACCCACGUUUUGUUAUUUUAAGAAAAUACAAACAAUUUUGUAUCUAAAUAGAAAGAGUCACAAAUAAAAGGGUGGCUCAUUUGAGCAAAUUUCAGUGUCCAGUGUCAUGUCAGUUUCUAUGGACAAAUGAUUUAAAUGUGUAACAAUUUCUUUACGUUUUUUACCUUUGUUUUCUUUAAAGGAGUAUAGCACCGAAAAAUGGAAAUUCUAAACUUGUCGUUUAAAACCCAUAUGACUGCCUUUCUUCUGCAGAACACAAAAGGUAUUUAAAUGGACAUUUGCUGAUUUUAACAUUUUAAAUAAAACAAAUACAAACACCCUAAUUGCACAAGUCUGCACUCCUUUUCAUAUUGGGGUCUCAAGCCAUUUUCACUGUUAACCAAUCACAUUCUAAAUCAUGCCAUCAAUGAAAGUGAUUGAUUUAACCCAGAUCAAAGUCAGCUGUUGCUGACGGAUUUGCUGGAAUGUUUGGGGUGGCAUCCUACUGGGAGUGCCAUGGUCCGCAAAGAGUUGCCAAAGAAACUGUGAGAGCUAAUUGUUGAAUAGUACCAAUGAAGAGAGGGAUAUAAAAGGAUAUCAAAGGCCCUGGAUGUACCAUGGAGCACUGUCAAAACCAUCAUCAAUAAGUGGAGAAAAUAUGGCACUACAGAGACCUUCCAAAGAUCAGGACAACCCUCCAAAGUUGAUGAGAGGACGAGGAGAAAACUUAUCAGGGAGGCUACAACGAGGUCAAUACCAACACUGAAGGAGCUAAAGGAAGUUUUGGAAGGUACCGGUCACUCCUUGCAUGUGACUACCAUCUCUCAUAUUCUGCACAUGUCUGGGCUAUGUGGUAGAAUGGCAAGAAGCAUCCAAUCCUGUUUAAAUUGUGCCAAAAUAGUCAUUCAGUCACCCCAAAACAUGGGGAAAUGUGCUAUGGUUUGACGAGACAAAGGUUUAACUUUUCGGCAUAAAUUGUAAAAAUAUGUUUGGCACAAAGCCAAUAAAGCUCAUCAUCCAAGGAAUGCCAUACCGACUUUGAAGCAUGGUGGUGGUAGCAUCAUGCUUUGGGGCUGCUUCUCUUCAGCUGGGUCAGAGGCUCUUGUCAAGAUAGAUUGAUAAUGAAUAGUUCCAAAUAUCAAGAUAUUUUGGCACAAAACCUGCUGGUCUCUGUCAGAAAGCUGAAGAUAAAGAGAAAUUUCACAUUCCAACAUGACAACGACCCAUCCAAGUCGACCAAGGCAUGGCUUCAGAAAAGGAAAAUCAAAGUCUUGGAAUGGCCCAGGCCUCCAUUCCAUUGAAAAGCUGUUGAAUGUCCUAAAGAGAGCUGUACACCAGAGAUCCCCUUGUUUUGCAAAGAGUGAGAUGAAAUUCCAAAGUCUAAAUUGUGCAAAGUUAAUAAGAGACUUCUUCACAAAGACUUGUUGCUCUAAUAAAUGCAAAAGGUGCUUCCACAAAGUAUUAGUUGGGCAGGGUGUGCAGACUCAUGCAAUCAGGGUGUUUGUAUUUUUUAUUAUUAAAAUGUUCCUAAAAAUGAUCUAUUUGUUUUUUUUUUCCCUCUGGAUUUUUGUUUGUUGGAAGAUCACAUUACAGAUGGAAAAAGUCGGACAUUUACAUAGUUGUUAUUUCUGUCUUUACAUUAAAAAAAAAAACAUGUUCAUCCGGACAGCGCAUUGGCAUUUGUGUGCAUGUACUGCUUAUCACACUGCUUUCAGAGGAGGUUUUUCCUAUCUUAGCAUCCCAUUCAUGUGUUGGACCCUCGAAAAAGCAAUUUACAAAUGUCCUGCUGUCAGGACACUACCUCAUUCGACCUUCAACAUUACCUGUGUUCACUUGUACUAAUUCUGUUGCCUUCUUAUAAGACUCAUCUCGACUUGGAGGGCAUUACACCUCAGGUCAAACAAAAUCUCACUCCCUGUAUUUCAUUGCGGAUCACUGUGGGAUCCCAUUGUUAGUGAAGGCCCCUGUAAGUGGUGGGAAAAUUUUAGAAAUUCCACAAUGCUGCACCACAACGACUGCUGUGACAUUCCAUUUGUUGACCUUUUCCAUGUUCCUGACUGCGUGGAAUUGGCAAAUUGCCUGAAACUUUGAAGGUAGUGGCUGUUUCCAUGGGGACUGCUUGGCAUUGCUUGCUGGGAUGGUGACUCUCCUUUGUGAUUAGACCUGGGUGAUUGGCGUCAAGCUGGGCCUUCACGACCGCCUGACUGGACAUCGUUUUCCAUUUGAAAUAAGUGUGAAGUGAAAAAUAUUAACUGUUUUUGUCCUAAACUUUUUAUUCUAAAUGUCUGCUACUUCGGCAGAUUGGAAGAUAAUGUUUAGAGUGCUGUUAGAGCUACUGUUUUGCUCACCAAGUGCAUGUAGAACACCAAGUAGAUGUUUGAAAUUGUAAUUUACUUUGCAAACCUCAGAAGAAGAAUAAACAA